ACAAACACGAUUUCUUUUUCUUUCUUUCUUUCUUUCUUUCUUUCUUUUCUCUUCACAUUAGGAGGGGGGAAAAGUUUGAGCUUGUAAUUCCCCUUCUCUCCUGCCCUUCCUCCGUUCUCCGCCAAUGGUGGAAGCGCAGACAUGGAAGACCCGGCGGAUGAGCAAUCCACGCCUUGACGGCGCCGCCGCCACAGACAACCAGGUCCUUGACAUCCCCGGUACCCCACCUGGGGAUGUUCGAAACACCUCCUACUCUAAUGGGUCGCACCUCUCUCCUAACCUCUUGACGGCCUUGAUUAUUGCUUCCUGGUUUAUGUCCAACAUCGGUGUCCUUCUUCUUAACAAGUACCUCCUUAGCUUCUAUGGUUACCGCUACCCCAUCUUCCUUACCAUGCUCCAUAUGCUCUCCUGCGCCGCCUACAGCUACGUCGCGAUCAAUUUCCUCGAAAUAGUCCCCCGGCAACACAUUUUGUCUCGAAAGCAGUUCUUCAAGAUCUUAGCUUUGAGUGCGAUUUUCUGUUUCUCCGUCGUGUGUGGCAACACUUCCCUGAGGUACAUUCCGGUGUCGUUUAAUCAGGCGAUUGGAGCAACGACGCCGUUCUUUACCGCCAUUUUCGCGCUCUUGAUCACCUGUAAGAAGGAAACAGGGGAAGUUUAUUUAGCUCUGUUGCCGGUGGUCUUUGGGAUUGUGUUGGCCAGCAACAGCGAGCCUUUGUUUAACCUUUUUGGGUUCUUGGUUUGCAUCGGCUCCACCGCCGGCCGCGCCUUGAAGUCGGUGGUUCAGGGGAUCCUGCUGACAAGUGAAGCAGAGAAGCUCCAUUCCAUGAACUUGUUGCUCUACAUGGCGCCCAUGGCGGCGCUGAUUUUAUUACCGUUCACCCUCUACAUAGAAGGAAACGUGGCGAGGAUCACGCUAGAGAAAGCAAGGACUGAUUCCUUCAUUGUGUUUCUGUUGAUUGGGAAUGCUACGGUGGCAUAUUUGGUGAAUUUGACAAAUUUCUUGGUUACCAAGCACACGAGCGCGCUUACUCUCCAGGUUCUGGGGAAUGCUAAAGCCGCCGUGGCGGCGUUCGUGUCGGUAAUGAUCUUCAGGAAUCCAGUGACGGUGAUGGGGAUGACCGGAUUUGCGGUCACCAUUAUGGGUGUUGUGCUUUACAGCGAGGCAAAGAAGCGAUCUAAAGUUACAACACAUUGAUGAAGAAGACUCAUUUUGAUGGGCACAAACUCUCUUUUCCAUUUUAUUCACUUUAAUUUCUUUCUUUUUUUUUCGUCAUUUAUUUUGUUAUUAGAUUUUGAUGAAAGAAGAGAGAAAAUUUGGGUCCAAAGAAAUGUAAUUGGAUUGUAUAGGAUGAUAUAAAGAGGAAAAAGGGAUUCAAUGCUCUUUUUCUUUUUGCAGCAAUUAUCGACACACAUACAAUGAUACAAGACUUGUUCCUUCAAAUAAUUGUGUUUUUGUUGGGGGAAUAACUUACCCCAUUUUAU